AUGUCCAAGAUGGUCAUCAAGCAACCUCAGCCUGUGAUGGAGGCCCAAGAGUCUGACGAGUGGGGAUCCGGGAUAUGUGACUGCUGCGAUGACGUGCCCGAGUGCUGUUUUGCUUUCUGGUGCUGUCCCUGCUUCGCCUGUAAAACCACCAAGGCCUACGGCCAGUGUCUCUGCCUCCCUCUGCUGGACAUCUACGGCUGCAUCCCGCCCAUCACCAUGUCCAUGAGGGUCUCCAUGCGGCAGCGCUACGGCAUCAAAGGCACCAUGUGUAACGAUUGCAUGUGUGCGACCUGUUGUACACCCUGCGCCUGGUGUCAGAUGUCCAGAGAGAUGAAGAGAAGAAAAAUCCAAAUCCUCCUGGUCGGCGCCAAGCACACAUGA